CCCCCAUCUCCGACAUCUCAUCACAAAAAAAAAAAAAAGAAAGAAAGAAAUGGAAACCGUUCGCGCCGCCUUCGCCGACCGCGCUCGGCCGCUCCUCUCGUACGGGAUUCCCUUCCCCGCCGCGGUGGCUCAUCACGUGCGCGAAACCUUCCAUGCGGCGCGCGUCUACGUGAUUUGCUCGGGGUCGCUGGCCCGCAGCACCGACGUGCUCGAUCGCCUGCGCCAGGCCCUGGGCCAGAACACCCUCGUCGGCGUCCGAGUCGGCAUGCAGAGCCACACGCUGUGGUCCGAGGUACUGGAGAUCGUGCACGACGUGCGCCGCGUCGACGCCGAUCUGCUGGUCACCGUGGGCGGCGGCAGUUUGACCGACGGGGCCAAGGUCAUUGCUCUGGCCCUGGCGAAUUCCGUCUCCACCACGUCCGACCUCUCCACGCUCUCCGAGGGCCCCGACCAGCGCGCCGAUAUCCACGCGCCCCGGAUCCCCAUCGUCUCCGUGCCGACGUCGCUGUCGGCCGGCGAGUACUCGAACUUCGCCGGCGCCACGGACGACGCCUCGCGGCGGAAGCACUCGUUCCAGUCGCCGCUAAAGGGCCCCGAGCUGGUCGUCCUGGACCCGCAGCUGACCGUCACCACGCCGGAGCGCAUCUGGCUGAGCAGCGGCGUGCGCGCCGUCGACCACUGCGUCGAGACCUACGUGGCCGUGUCGUCCUCGACCAACGAGAAGACUGACGCCCUGGCCCUCCAUGCCCUGGGCCUGCUGGUCCCCUCGCUGUUGCGCUGCAAACAUGACCCCCAGGAUCUGGAGGCGCGGUUGAUGGCCCAGUUGGGUUCGGUCGAUGCUAUGGCGGCUUGUACGAGUGGCAAGGCGGUGCAGUUGGGCGCAAGUCAUGGGAUUGGACAUCAGCUCGGUCCCCUGGGCGUCGCUCACGGCGAAACAAGCUGUAUCCUCUUGCCAGCCGUGUGCAAGUACAACGCCACCCACAAUGCCAACAAUGAGCGGCAAGACCGCUUACGGCGCUUCCUGGUCGACGAUCCGACGGUGGCAGAAUCCCUGAAGAACCACGGUGUCGAUGGCCAGCGGGCCGAUUUGGCCGACGUGUUGGAUGUAGUGAUCCGCGAGCUGGGGAUGCCGCGCUCGUUGAAGGCCGUGGGAGUCGGACCGGAUCAGCUGGAUGCGCUGGCAGCCAACAGUCUGCAUGAUCGCUGGUGUCAGACGAACCCAGUCCCACUGAAGGAAAAGGAGCAGGUGCUGGACAUCUUGAACUUGGUGGUGGCAUAAUCAAAGGAGGGGGAUAGUAAUGAUGAUAUCCAGAGCAGCAGUGCAUGCAGAUAAUGAGGU